AUGAGCCUGGCCGAGGGCCGCGCCCCGCGGAGAACGGCCGGGAAUCGCCUCUCGGGGCUGCUCCAGGCCGAGGAGGAGGACGAGUUCUACCAGACCACCUACGGCGGCUUCAACGAGGAAUCGGGGGACGACGAGUACCGCGGGGAGCACUCGGACAGCGAUGACGAGGUGGACUCGGACUUCGACAUCGACGAGGGCGACGAGCCGGGCUCGGAGCAGGACGAGGCCGAGCCCCGGCGCCGCCGCCGCGUCCUCACCAAGGCCUACCGGGAGCCGCUCAAGAGCCUCCGGGCCAAGAAGGCGGAGGGGCCGCGGGGAGGAUCCCAGAAAAGUAGGGAGGUGAAAUCCGUGCCCUUGGAGCUGCAGGAGGAUGGGGGAGACAGCAGGAAGCACAUGCGUCAGUCCACCACGGAGCACACCCGGCAGACGUUCCUGCGGCUCCAGGAGCGCCAGGUGCAAUCCAAGAGGAAAAAGGGAGGCACCAGCUACGAGCGGCCCCUGACCCAGGAGGAGCUGCUGGAGGAGGCCAAGAUCACUGAGGAGAUCAACCUGCGCUCCCUGGAGAACUACGAGCGCCUGGAGGCCGACAAGAAGAAGCAGGUGCAGAAGAAGAGGAAGAUCGUGGGCCCCGUGAUCCGCUACUGGUCCCUCACCAUGCCCCUGCUGCCCGAGCCCGGCCGCGACGACCCCGUGGACGUCGAGGGGCUGGACCCCGACUCGCACCCCACAGGCUCCCCCCCGUCCCCGGGGAAAUGCUCCCGCACCUUCAUCUCCUUCAGCGACGACGCCACCUUCGAGCGCUGCUUCCCCAAGUGCAAGGCGCCGCGUUUGCCGGUGCGGGAGCUGUGUCCCGUCACCCACAAGCCCGCCCUGUACCGGGACCCCAUCACCGACAUCCCCUACUCCAACGCCCGCGCCUUCCGCAUCAUCCGCGAGGCCUACAGGAAAUACAUCACGGCGCACGGGCUGCCCAGCGCCGCCGCCGCCAUGGCCGCGCCCGCCGACGGCCCCGGCCCGCGCCCGGGCCGACAGAAAAUCGUCAUCAAACAGAGCGUGCCCAGCGCCUGAAAUCCUGGGAUUUGGGGUAUUUGGGUUAUUGGGGUGUUGGGGUAUUGGGAUAUUGGG